GCGGUUCGUGGACAAAAUGAAAUGAAAGUCCGCCACAUGUCCGCCAUAUCUACUUCAUCUUCUUUCUAUUAUUGACGUUCGUAUUAUUUUGUGUUUGAUAGCGUCGUGUUGUAGAUAUUUGUUGUUUAAUUUAAUUAUUUUUUAGUUUGUUUAAACCACGGUACUGGAGGGCGGCGGAAACCGCGGAAAACACCAUGGAGUCUCCGAGAAAAUUUAAUGACUGCUACUUUUACUACUAUUCUACUUGUACCAAGGGAGACAACUGCGUAUUCCGCCAUGAACCAUCUGCCCUGGGCUGCGAGACGAUGUGCACGGCGUGGCAGCAGGGCAAGUGCCUGGACAAGCGCUGCAAGUUGCGCCACAUGGAGCUAAGGAAAAACCGCAAGCAGAUCCCGUGCUACUGGGAGAACCAACCCGGAGGCUGCCGCAAGAAGCACUGCCCCUUCAUGCACAAGAACCCGGACGCGCGCACCGAUGGCAUCGCGCCGAGCCAGCCCGCCCCCCCUGUACCUGUCAACGCAGCCAGCAGCUUGCCCGAGGGCGUCGAGCAGGUGCCCAUGGGCAUGGCGCCGCCAGUGCCCGCGCCCGCGCCCGCGCCCGCGCCGGUGCCGCUCCUGUGGCAGCAACAACGCCAAGUAGUGCUGGACUCUGCCAUUCUGGGCGUGCUGCCGGCUUCAUCCGAGCUCCUCGGGCGGCGCGUGAUGCCGCCGCAUGACGCGGGCUACGCAGCCCUGCCUGUCGACCCGCUCGUCGUCAACUUCGAGGAAGAGUCCGACAAUGAAAGCGCCCCCUCCUCCACGCCCACCAAGACCGUGUCGCCCGACGACGCGCAGCGCAUCGCGCGCUCCAAGUCGCAGGAGCUGCUCCUCCUGGAGAGGAUCCAGGCCGAGGCCGCCGCCUUCUACAGCUACGACGCGCUGCCCGCCGAACCCUCCAAGGAACGCAAAAUCGUGCGCACCAACCUCAACACCAAGUACGAUAGGCUCUCGCUCGACGAGAUCUCAGGUAAAAAGCAACAGCCGGUUGCCGAGCGACGCAACUCGCUAGAUUUCAAGGUCCUAUCUCUGGACGAAAUCCGCGCCCGAAAGAAAGAAACUAUCGUCCACCCCACACCGAUCACUCUCAACCUGAGUCGCAAACGUAAAUCGUCCACGCAGGAGACCAUUGAAACCACUUCGGGCAAUAAAAUCAUCAAAGUGGUCAGAAGCAACUCUAUAGUGUAUAAGAAAGUCGAUCACAAUGCGCCAGUCGUUUCGAGCACCACUAAGGUGGAUCAAAAACCUAACGAAGAAAAUGUCGGCAGGAAACGAACGAUUUCUGAAAUAAGCGACAUGUACGAAAUACAAGAUGAUGAAUUAGUCGACAAUUGCUUCGAAUUCAAGAGAAUCAAAGUAAACGAGCAAACGACUAAGCCUAGACUCAUUAGAAAUAGUAGCAUCAACAAGGACAACAAUGAAAGUAAAGAUGAUGAAGUAGAUUCUAGCACUAAUGUAGAUAAUGAUUCUGAUUCGGAAGUACAAAUUGUGAAUGUUGAAUUCAACAACCAAAAUACUGAUGUGAGUGCAAUUUCUGAUACUGAAAUAAUUGAUGUGGAUUCUACCAGAAUAGGUGAUCCCGUAGCCAUAGUGGAUUUGAGUGAUGAUGAUGAUAGUGACGAAAUUACCAUAUCUGAUCUAGACUUGGAAUUAGUUAAAAACGUCCCAGAUGUGGUAGCUAGUUGUCAGAGGAAUGCAAACAAGGCGGAUAGUGAAGGCAAGGACCUGAUUAGUAGUAUCGAUUCGCUUUUAGAUGACGACUUAUGAUUUUUUUAAAUAGGUCGCGGGACGCGGGUUGUGUUCAUAAUCGAAAAAAUAGAAAAGAC